UAUUAUUGUCACUCGUUUCCUUCAAGCAGUGCGUAUUCGUGCGAUCACGUUACACUAAAGUGAAAUUUAUUUACGGAUAGUGAAAUGGCGAUUUGGUGUAAAGCAAUAACUUGCGGUACAAUAGCAUCUGCAGCUAUCGUUUAUUAUAUUAUUAAAUUGCAUCGCAGGGGAAAAAAGGAAAUGGACGUUAACAAUCAUGCUUUCGAAGUUGAAGUAAUUAAUACAUCUUUAUCUGAUACACGUGCUAAAAGACAAAUUUUUGCUAAGAAUUCAACUAAUCCAAAUAAUAUGCCACUGAUAUCGAAAAUCAGACAAGUUGUUUCCCCGCUUUCAAACAAAAGCACAUCUAAUAAUCCAGUAAAAUCGUCACGCAAUAAAAGAUUAUACCAGAUGCAAUCAAAAGCUGUAGAAGAUUGUAAUUCAAUUAUGCAAAAUAGUGUCAGAUCCUUUACACACAGUGAGACAAGUGAGUCCGUUGUCCUAAAUAAUUCUGCUUCAUCUUUCGAACAUGGACUUGGAAAUGCACAAGAUAACUUCAAUCAUUCUGUAGUUAUUCAUAUUAAUAAUUCAAUAGACUCGACAACUAAUAAGAUUCAGAUAAAAGCCUUCAACAGAUCGAUAAAACUAUCGACAUUAAAUAUAAAGACAUUACACAUUUCUGAUGAUUUUUCUGCAAAGAACAGGUCUGCCGAUUCAAUUAUGAUUAGCCAGAAAGAUGAGCCUAAGGAAACCAACAUUAUGAUUCCAUCAUUAAAUCGACGACGAUUUGUGGAGCGUUUUAUGACGUUUCGUGGAAAUCGAUUAACAAAUGUACGUAAUAAUAAGUGUACAAAAGAAAUGGAAAGACAUAAUAUAACUAUUAUAAUUAAUUAAUACUUCUAUAUAAAGAUAAAAAUAGAGAAGUAUUACACAAUAUUAUUUUUUUAAUAUUUUGUACAAAUUUUGUACAUUUUGUGUUUUGUACGUUUGAGAGAUGCGGAUACAUCUCUUUCAUUUAAAAAGAAAUUAGAAUUGUUAAAUAAUUUAAUUAUUCUAUACAAUUUAUUU